AUGUAUAGGUGGGGAAAGGGAUUGGAGAGUGUAUCAAAAUUUCCUUAUGCAAGGGACAGAUUUGUGGAAUGCUACUUCUGGGCUGUUGGAACCUUGUAUGAGCCUCAGCACUCUCUUGCUCGAAUGACUUUUGCGAAAGUAGCAGCCCUUAUUACAAUGAUUGAUGACAUCUAUGAUGCUUAUGGCACUCUUGAUGAACUUCAAAUUCUCACAGACUCUGCAGAAAGGUGGGAUGGCAGUGGAGUAGAUCAACUCUCAGACUACAUCAGAGCUUCCUACGCCACACUUCAGAAAUUUAAUAAGGAGGUUGGCGAAGAUUUAGCUAAAAAGCAAAGAACCUAUGCAUUCAACAAGUACAUAGAAGAUUGGAAACAAUACAUGAGGACAAACUUGACUCAGUCAAGGUGGUUUCUCACGAAAGAAUUGCCAUCCUUUGCCGAUUACAUAAGCAAUGGUGCGAUCACAAUCGGAGCAUAUCUUAUAGCGUCGGCAGGCUUUUUGGAUAUGGAUAGUGCCUCAGAGGAUGUUAUCAACUGGAUGUCAACUAAUCCAAAACUUAUGGUUGCUUACUCGACACAUUCCCGAUUGAUUAAUGAUUAUGGCGGUCACAAGUUCGACAAAGAAAGGGGCAGUAGCACAGCACUUGAAUGCUUCAUGAAGGACCAUAAUAUAUCGGAGGAAGAGGCAGCCAAGAAGUUUCGAGAGAUGAUUGAGAAUACUUGGAAGGUUAUGAACGAGGAAUGCUUGAGGCCUACUCCCAUUCCCAGGGAUGGUCUCAAAAUGCUUCUUAAUGUCGCACGCGUUGGCGAAACUGUUUACAAGCACCGUAUCGAUGGAUUCACUGAGCCGCAUGUCAUUAAAGACCAUAUAAGGGCAAUGCUUGUGGAUUUCAUGUCUAUUUGA